UCAAAACAUUAUUUUAACGAAGAGAUACUAUCGAAAUCAUCAUUGAAAUUAAGGGGGUGAACAUAUGUACCUGUUUAAAUCGACAGUUAUAAACCACUAGAUUUACCAGUCAGUUGAUAAAAUGCGAUUUAAUGUCCUCUAGUGUAUAGCUUAUUUGAAGUUUACUACGAUCACUUCGGUCUGUCGAUCGAGAAGAAAAAGGAUUUAAGUUGUGGCUGCUGAUUCGUCCAGUGUUUGUGAGACACAAGUAUAAAAUCCGGAUUCCAAGACGUGUUCAACGCAACUCUCCGGUUUAGAUGCUGUGGAAUUAUUGCAAAAUGGAGAAGUGUCCGGAUAAUAGACGGGUCAGUCGAAGACGCCUUACGCUGGCUUUAAUAGUGGAUGUUAUACUUUUCCUUAUAGUGGGAAUCCCGGUUCUUUACUUGUUCCUUCAGGGCCAGCCUUUUAUCCAAGGCUUCCUUUGUGAUGAGCCUUCCAUCUCCCUCCCUUACCGUCCCGACACCAUAAGUACACCUGUACUUAUCUUCGCCGGCGUCGGGACUUCUAUCUUCUGUGUCGUUAUCGUGGAGGUUUUAAACGCCAUCAACAGGAAGUAUAUACGCGAAUGUCCCACGCGCGAAGAUUUCUGGUUCAUUGCUAAGGGCUACUCGGUGAUGGUCGUCGGGUUCGUGGUUCAAGAGCUGUUUGUCGAAUUCGUGAAAAGACAACUUGGAUUCUUGAGACCCAACUUCAUGGACGUGUGCCGUCCGCAGUUCAACAGAUCACUAUGCCCCGCCUACAUUACCGAGUACACGUGCAGCGGAAGCGAUCACGACGCCGACGAGAUUCGUGACAGCCGACAGUCAUUUCCAUCCGGGCACUCAGCCUUCUCCAUGUACAUCGCAGUUUUCUACUGCUUUUACAUACAGAGACGGCUCCACGUCAGUUUCUCACGAAUUCUGAAGUUCUUCCUGCAAGCUGCUCUCGUCUUCACUGCAUCCAUAUGCGGCUUGAGUCGUAUCAGGGACCACAAACACCAUGCCUCUGACGUCAUCGUCGGAUUUACCGUCGGGGCAGCAGUUGCCGUCUUUGUGUAUAAGCUUUUGGCGGAAAACCUGCUCUCGACAUCUUUAGAGGAUGACGUCAGCAAAUCAUCCAUGUCAACAUCGACAGUGUCACAUGACUUAUGUUGCACAUGCGCAACGCCAGUAUCUUCAAACGUCGAAUCGCAUACGCCUGCCCCAUUACUCCAAAACGGGUACUUUAAUGACGUCCCAAACACACUCGACGAAGGCAGGCAUACGUCGUUAAAACUUAAAAAGAGUUCUCCCGUUUGUCACCCUUUGUCAACACCAGUAACAUUAUCAUCCCAACAAGAACUGGUUUGAAUUUAUACACGUGUUUUAUAUAAGUUUUUCUGAACUCGUGUAGCACAGAGAAUUUGUUCUCAAUGGAGUAGUAACCGUUACGAAAUUUGUUAAUCUGGUUGGAAGAACGUUUCUUACAAAAAUUUAAAGCACGCUCUAACGUUGUACAACGGUUGUGCGGUUUUGAGAACUAUAUAUUUCACAAUGACUACCAAACGUUGCACAUUUGAUCGGACACUCGUGAAGUUCAAUAGUUGUCUGGUUGUGUCAGCUGACUGUGCCACACAGAUGACUUACAAGGCUUCAUCCAUAUAUGGCAGUUUUGCAGAAUAUCCAAUAACAGACCGGUGUCUGGCAGACAUUGCAAUGUGGAUACGAAUUAUACUUGCAUACAGUGACUUUAAUUCCUCAGAGGGCGAGUGGUUGGCACGUCGUAUGACCUAGCACAUUCAAGCACAUUUAUGUUAUACAUGUAGUAUAUGAUGGCUGAUGAAUUGGCGAUUAAAGGCGUUAGAAAUGAGUGAAGUGGAAAGAUCGGUCGAUUUCAUCAUAUUGAACUUCCCGACUUUGUUUUGUCCGAUUAAUCUGAUUGCUGUUUAUAUUUUUAGAAUAAAAAAGAUGUUUGUCUAAAUAAUAAAUUAAUA